CUCCGGGAGGCUGCCUCAUGGAGCUAUGCAUCCAGCUAAGCAUCAUCAUGUUGGGGAAGCAGCUGAUCCAGAACAAUAUCUUUGAGAUUGGAGUCCCGAAGCUAAAGAAACUCUUUCGGAAGUUGAAAGAUGAGACAGAACCUGGAGAAAGUGACCCCGACCACUCAAAACGCCCAGAGCAGUGGGACCUGGACUACAGCCUCGAGCCAUACACUGGGCUGACUCCUGAAUACAUGGAAAUGAUCAUCCAGUUUGGUUUUGUCACCCUUUUUGUGGCCUCCUUCCCACUGGCACCAGUGUUUGCCCUCCUCAACAAUGUCAUCGAAGUGCGGCUGGACGCAAAAAAGUUUGUGACCGAGUUGAGACGCCCGGAUGCUGUGAGGACCAAAGACAUUGGAAUUUGGUUUGACAUUCUCUCUGGAAUUGGCAAGUUCUCUGUCAUCAUCAAUGCUUUCGUCAUCGCUGUCACCUCCGACUUUAUCCCCCGCCUAGUGUACCAGUACUCCUAUAGUCACAACGGGACUCUCCAUGGCUUUGUGAACCACACCCUCUCCUUCUUCAACGUCAGCCAGCUGAAGGAGGGAACACAGCCAGAAAACUCACAGUUCGACCAGGAGGUUCAGUUUUGCAGGUUCAAGGAUUAUCGCGAGCCACCAUGGGCCCCAAAUCCAUAUGAGUUUUCCAAGCAGUACUGGUCUGUUCUGUCAGCCCGUCUGGCCUUUGUGAUCAUCUUCCAGAACCUAGUGAUGUUCCUGAGUGUCCUCGUGGACUGGAUGAUUCCGGACAUCCCCACAGACAUCAGUGACCAGAUCAAGAAAGAGAAGAGCUUGUUGGUGGACUUCUUCCUGAAGGAGGAGCAUGAGAAGGUCAAGCUGGCCGAUGAGCCCACCCAGAGGAGCCAGGGUGGCGGAGAUCGGAGCAGGAGGAGCCGUGCAGCCAGCUCUGCACCCUCAGGCCGGAGCCAGCCAGGCAGCAUUGCAUCCUCAGGGUCCCAGCACACCAACGUGUGAGCCCACAGUUGGCAGCGGAAGAGGCAGGCAAUGGCGAAACGCAUGCGCACACCACGUGUUCCUACAGCUCCUCUUCUGCUGGGAUCUGGCCUCCUGCGAGUGUCUCCAAGAGAGAGCCACAGAAAGGAAAACAAAAAAGCAUGCAGGAGGGAAGGGAACGAUAUUGCUUCUCAGAAACUGGAAGUUUAAGUCUCUUUUAAGUCCUCUUUUGAGAUGUGUCCUUUCAGAGAGUUGGUACCCCACUGGGGUCUUUCAACCCUAGAGUUCCCUGGGGUCCCUUCUUGUGCUUCACCAUCAUUUUAGGUGAAAGAAGUAUAGUCAGGGCCCCAUCCAUCCUAGAACCCACUAUAACUGAUCACUACCCACUUCCGACUGUCACCCUAAAAGAACUUCUUGGAGACACUUGUGACUGGGGCCACUCCAAGGCAGAGCAAUUGCAAAUUAAGGUACAGGACUGAUUUCUGUGGCCACUGGACAUGAUGGUGAGGAGCAAAGGUCCUCUCUGGGCUCAUCUGAAGUCCACCUGACAAGGAUACUUGGAUACAAUGCAACCAACCACCUUUUGUGCAAGUUCAGAUUUAAAAUAAAAUAAGUGGAAAGAUUCUUUUUUAAAACACA